CAACGAUUCAUCAACAUAUAAAAAGAAAUAUCUAAAGGAGCAUAUCCUCAUCCUACUAACCGCAUAAUGGCUGACGUGUAUUUCAAUUUGGCUGCAGCUUUGGAAAGCUACAAACCCGACUCUGUGGAAGCUGAAUCAACGAUCAAGAUCAAAGAACACGAUGCAGAGUGUGACCAACAUUCAGGAAUCGACAUAGAGGUGGCUGAUGAGCCUCAUAACAUGCGGCAGGUGGUAAACCUCGUCAUUGCCUUGCACCGUUUAAAGAAAACCCAGAAGCUGCAGGGCACUGAAUUCUCAGACGAGGAGCUGUGCAACAUUUUCUUUGAGAAUGUGGUGGAAGAGUAUGUGACACCAACAGUCCAUCAAAAAACAACAAAUGCUGCUGACCACUAUGACUCGUCUGAACAACCGCAGCAAAAGUCCUUCAUCUGUGAUGUUCGAAACAAGUUCCUGGUUCUAAGUAAAGGAAUCACCACGGAGCUGCAGGCCAUCACCCUCCAGAGUGGGAACAAGAGCAGAAGGGUCCAACUGGAACUGACUACAUACAAACCCUCGGUCACACCUGACAAAGGCCGACCUAUUGCCUUGGGGGUGGGAGAAGACCUCUACCUCUCAUGCACGUCUUCCUCUGGGAAACCUGUUCUAGGCUUAGAGGUGGUGAAAAAGGAAGACCUGAAGAGCAUCAGUGGCGACAUGAAGCGAUUCCUGUUCAACAAGACGGUCUCAGGACAAACAGUGACCAGCUUCGAGUCAGUGAAGUAUAAAGGCUACUUCAUCAGUACGUCUUACACUGAUGGACAGCGAGUGGACAUGUGCCAGAGUCAGGAUGUCCCGGACCGCCUGACGACUUUCACGCUUUAUCCCUGA